UCGAUAGUCAGUCCACACCCAAACAGCCAGCAAACCAAACAAACAAUUCUCCAGGAAUCCAACGAAAUUCACACAGAAUUUCCAGACCAAAGGAUGCAAAAAUCAUCCCAUUUUGCACGCGAAGAUUCCCAGGAGCACCUGCCCACAUCUCAUACCCAAAAUAUCCACACCGUGAACAUGAAGAGGCGCACAUUAUCGGGAAGCUGUGGCGUUGGAGUCUUCGUGUUUGCAUUUGCCUUCAUUGUGAUUGCAUUUGCAACGCCUAGUUGGUUGGUCAGCGAUUACCGCAUCACGGGCGCCAAGCUGGACCGCCUGGGAUUGUGGGUACACUGCUUCCGAUCCUUACCGGAUGUGAAUGACGACAGCCAAAGGAGGUUCUUCGUGGGCUGCCGCUGGGUUUACGAUCCAUUUACCACGGGCUACGACGAGAUCCGGGGAUUCCUGCUGCCCGGCUUCAUGAUAGCCACUCAGUUCUUCUACACCCUGGCUUUUAUCGGAAUGUUAUUGGCUGCCAUUGGAGUCCUAGUGUUCUUCCUCUGCGCUGGACCGGAUCAAAAGCACUUUAUAACCCUUAUUCGGUCAGUGGGUUAUGUGCUCUUGGGCGCCGGAGUAAGCGCGGCCAUUGCGGUGAUAGUUUUCGCCGGAUUCGGCAAUCGCAAUGGCUGGAUGCCGGAGCACGCGAACAAUUGGUUUGGCUGGUCCUUUGUCCUGGCCUGUGUGGGUACAGUGUUCACCCUGGUGGCAGCUACACUGUUCCUCAGCGAGGCCCACGUUCAGCACAGGAAGCGAAUCCAGUUCAAAGAGUCGCAAACGCGAUUUGAACUCGUGCGCGGAUAGUCGCCGACGAGGUUACUAGCACACGUGCACCAAGGGAAUCGAAGAAACAACAAAAACAACAAGCAAAUUAAGAGGAGAACAACGCAAAAGCAUUCCGUCCCCACGAAAAAUUCUCACCCUUAACGUUACAGUCGAACUUCUCUAAAACCAAACUUUUCAAAUCGAAAUUUUCAUAGGUAAAUUAUUUUUUUUUAGCGAAUAAUUUAAAAAGCAGUUAACCUAAUCUUCAAAGGUUUCAUAGCAUACUUUUGGACAACUUUUAAAAUGUCUCAAAAGAUUUUUAAAGAAACUCCCAUGAGGUAAAAUAUUAAACAACAAAUUUUAUCUAGGAUUAUAUUAUAAAAUCAAACCAAGGGUUCUUUUACAAAAAAUAACAACAAUUUGAGCAGGAAGUGGUUAACCAACUAAAUGACAAUAGGUGUGACAAAAUAUUAAGUCGUAAUUCUCACAGCAGUUCAAGGUAGAGAAGUUCGACUGUAGAAAUAGUUUUUAGUUAAAAAAGUUUAUGCAAUUGACAACCGCAACGCACUGCAUCACACGCUUACAGUUCUUGGUACUUAUUAAUCAUCCAUCCAAUCGAGCAGAUCAGUUCCAAACGAAGACUGAGUGAUUUACCGAAUGAAACCCACAUAUUAUCACAGCUUUCAUCAAACGAAGACGCUCAACCAAAUGACUCAUGUUCAUGUAAAGUAUUCUACUGAAUUUGCAUACCAAUUUUCGCUCAAUUAACGCCCAUAGACAACCGCCGUCCCCCUCAACAAUUGUGUCUUUUAUUUUUGUUUGCAAAGUCGCAGGCUAGUUGUAACUAGCAACGAAAUAUUACACUCGUGCCUUAAUUAGAGAGAACUAUUUUGGUGUAGUUCAUAGUGCCUAAAACAACUUAUUGUUAAAUACCUGAUUGACCGACCUGCGAUUAACCCCAAAAGAACCAAUUGGAUUGCAUAAACUUCUGCUAAGCUAGUGCCUUAGUUAAGAGACCCAGAGAAGGUUAAGCGAAUUCCGUCCUUUAUCUAUAAGACAUUAACAUUCCCUUUUGUACUCGAAUAUUGCGCACAUAAAUACCUUCUUUUAAAGGUAAUAAUUAGGUCUUUAAUAGUAUUUGUCAUUUAUCCGUCCUUUUGCACAAAACUUGUAUUUGUAACAUGUUCUAAACCAAGAAUUUAGCAAUGUAUUAAAAAGCAAUACGAACGUCUUUUACCCCCAAUAUACAAGAACAUUUGUAACAUUUUUAUGUACAAACGACUUUUAGCUAAAGCGAAGAAUAAUAAAGUUUUUAUUGUAUACAACA